AAUCAUACCCAAGUUACACAAGGAAAUGAUGUCACAGAACUAUGAGCACAUGGUAUCAGUAGGUAAGGAAGAAUUAUACCCAAGUUACACAAGGAAAUGAUGUCACAGAACUAUGAGCACAUGGUAUCAGUAGGAUACAAUGUUCCAAAGGAACAGCUGUUGUUACUAAUUAAAAAUCAUGAGGAGUCUGUACCAAUGUCUGUGGAAGGAGCAGUGACCCUUCCUCAAAAGAACAUCUGCAGAGAUACCCCCAGCAGUAACUUCCCAGAGGAACAACUCUUGGUAAUUGUAAAAGAUGAGGAACUUACUCUCGAUUCUCUGGAAGGAGCAGAGACCCUGCUACAGCCAAAGAUUUGUGAUGAUCCCUCUAGCAGCUACAACAUCCCAGAGGAACAACUCUUAGUAAUUGUAAAAGAUGAGCAAGAUAUUCCAGAGUCUGUGAAAAGAGCAGAGACCCGGCCACAGAUGAAUAUUUCCGAUGAUCUUUCCAGCAUCCGCAGGGACAAAAACUGCCAUGAGAGUGCAUAUCCAAUGCUACUUCAAAGGGAACGUCAGCAUUCUGAGUGUGUCAAGAACUUCUCGUAUCAGAUGUCUGCUACAGGACAUACGUUCAUUCCAACUAGAAAUAAUUACAAUAAACACAUCGAAUACAACAUGAGAUUCAACAAAGAAAAUGAACAAAAAAUGCAGAUGAAAACUCAGGGAGUCAAUAACUUAACUGUAUACGGUGAACACAAAAAUAGUUUUGCAUAUCCUAUUAGCUUUGUAACAUACUAUCAAACUCAAACCAUGGAGAGACCUACAAAUGAGUUUCUCACCCUCAACCUCUGUCAAAAUCCCAGAACGUUAGAAGAAAUUAAAGCUUGGGGCAGCAUCCAGAAAGAUGGUGUGGCAAAAUGCCAUAAUGUCUACACAGGAAUAAAGCAUUGUAAGUGUGCCACAUGUGACAGGAGUUCAGCACCAAAUGCCUUCCUUGCUGGUCAUGAGAAAAUCCAAACUGAGGAGAAGUUGUUUACAUACAUACCACCUGGUAAAACUCUGAAAUUGGGGGAUCCAUCGGAAGUUGAUGAGAGACUCCUUAAAAAGGAAAGUCCCUCUAAUUGUCAAAUAUGUAACAAAAAUUUCUUACAGAAGGCAAACCUUGUAUCUUUUCAGCAAAACCACACUGGGAGGAAACAACAUCAAUGUGCUACGUGUGGCAAGAUUUUUAAAAAGAAUUAUCUCCUCAUAUACCAUGAGAAAACACACACUGGUGAUAGACCAUUUAAAUGUGCAACAUGUGACAGGAGUUUUACAUUAAAGUGGCUGCUCACAUCCCAUGAGAAGACUCACACUGGUGAAAAAGAGUAUAAAUGCCCUACAUGUGACAAGACUUUUUUGUGGAAGAGCAGUCUUAUAUACCAUGAGAAAAAACACACUGGUGACAGACCAUAUAAAUGUGCAGUGUGUGAAAAGAGUUUUGCAUGGAAGAGCACUCUGAAAUACCACGAAAAAACUCACACUGGGGAGAAACCAUAUAAGUGCUCAACAUGUGACAAGAGCUUUAAAAAGAAAUACCACCUCUCUUGCCAUGAGAAAAGUCAUACUGGGGAGAGGCCAUAUAAAUGUGCAAUAUGUGGCAAGAGUUUUAUGCGGAAGACAAACCUAGCAUGUCAUGAAAAAAUCCACUCUGGGGAGAAACCAUAUAAAUGUGCAACAUGUGACAGGAGUUUUUUGUGGAAGUGGCUACUUGCAUCCCAUGAAAAGACCCAUUCUGGAGAGAUGCCAUAUAAAUGUACAACAUGCGCAAAAAGUUUUGUGUGGAAGUGUGAGUUUGCAUACCAUAAGCAAACUCACACAGGACUUAAGUCAUAUAAAUGUACAAUGUGUGACAAGAGUUUUAUGUGGAAGACCACCCUUACAGCUCAUAAGAAAACACAUGCCGGUAAAGUGCAUAAAUGUGCAACAUGUGGCAAGAUUUUUUCAUGGAAGAGCAGUCUCACGUGCCAUGAGAAAACUCACAGUAGGGAGAAAAGAAAAACAUUUACUGCCAGUGACAAAAAUCACCCACUAAAUAAUACCCAUCUAACCCACAAAAAGAAACACACCUCUGGGAAGUUAUAA